AUGUUGGCACCCCUAGCAAGCGCCUCGUUGGCCUUCCUCGUCGUCUACAUUCUCCUGUUCUUUGCGCUAUGCGUGCUCCUCACCGUACGCAGAGCACCGCAAAAGCUUCUGUGGUUGCUUAUGCUCAACCAUGUGUUGCUGCGACUCGCGGCGCAAUCGACCGGCCUUGCGUUCGCCACGCGCGAACGAGACAUCCGCAGCCUCAUCGCGUACUCGCUGCUGAGCGCGCAGGGGCAGUACACGCUUCUGCUGUGCUUCGUGCACACACUCGUGGCAUGGCAGGCCGAGUACUGGAAGCCCAAGGUCAGCCGAUCUCCAAGUCGAUGGGCGAGUGGAGGGGCGGAAUGGACCUGGUUGGUCGUCGGGUUUGAUUUGAUCCUUAUUCUGGCCGAUAUGGUCAUCGUCGCCGGCGCGGUGCUUAGCGGGACCACCUACUCUGAUCCAUCCCGCACGCCGAGUCAGAUGCGCGGCAGGCUAGCAACGGGCAAAUGGUUGCGUACAGGCGGUCAAUCUGCAUUCUGGCUGCUCACGCUCGCCUUGCUUGUACCGGUUUGCAUCACGAUCCACCGCCAUCGACGCCGUCGCUACGAUCAAAGCACGGAGAGGGAAAGCGACAUCUCGCUGGUGAGCAAGGGUCAACCGUCGCACGAGGUGGAGAAGCGACCGUGGUUCGGGCAUGCUGUGCUCGGACUGCUCCUGCUCACAUGGCCGUUCCUCGUGGUGCGCGGCAUAUGGGGCGUUCUACAGGCCGCUGUGCCCGAUCUCAACUACUUCGACUCGGAAAGGUACGACGCGGAUGGGUUCACGGGUCAAUUUGUCGUCGAGGAGGCGUGCAUGGUGACGCUCAUGGAGUUUUGUGCCGCUGUGCUUCUCACGGCGGUCUUGUUGGUCUGGCGUCGGGGACCUCGGCACCGCGACGACUCUUCGGAGACCACUGUAUAA